UGUUGACGAAAACAAGGGGUAUGAAAAGGAAAGUUGAAACAGAAAAACAUGCACACGCAAUAUGCAAACAAUAAACAGAGUUUAAUCCCCUUGGCUUUUUCUGAUCUGAGGAAUAACUCUGACACAACAUCCUGCAUUUUGCACUUUGCCACUCAAUAUCUCAAUUUGCGUCUUUCUUACAAUCCAAAAUCUUGAUUCAUGUGAUGUGAUCGAAAAAAGAUUGACAUAGUCAAAAUCUUUUCCUUUUCUUGUUUCUCCUAAACCAGCUAAUAAAACCCAAAUUAGUUUGAGUUGAUUAUAUCAAUUGUCUACAUUCAUUUCAUUCAAUUUGAAACUGUAUUCAAAUAUUGUCAUAACAACAAAUUUCAGAUUGAAAUGGGUGGUUGUUUCAGCAAAAACAAAUAUACACAACAAGAUGGUAAAGGUUAUAGGCCAAGAACAAGAACAAGAACAAGAAGUACUGGUGCAUAUCAACAUUACCAACAUCCAGUUUAUUAUCAUCAUAACUAUCCAAGACCACCCCAAGAAAGACCCAAUAAGCCCCAACCACAACCACCACAAAAACAACAAAAAAAACAACAAGUGACUACUGUGAAAAAUACUCAACCACGUAUUCAAGAACAAAGAAUAGAACAAGAUACAAUUUUGGGUAAGCCAUUUGAAGAUAUUAAAGGACACUACACACUUGGGAGAGAAUUGGGUAGGGGUCAAUAUGGAGUGAUUUACCUUUGUACUGAGAAUUCAACUAGGCAACAUUAUGCUUGUAAGUCUAUAUUAAAGAGGAAGCUUGUGAGUAAGAAAGAUAAGGAUGAUAUUAGAAGAGAGAUUCAAAUUAUGCAGCAUUUGAGUGGGCAACCAAAUAUGGUUGAAUUCAAAGGUGCUUAUGAAGACAAUUAUUCAGUGCACCUUGUAAUGGAACUUUGUGCUGGAGGAGAGUUGUUUGACAGAAUUAUUGCCAGGGGAUAUUACUCUGAAAAGGAUGCUGCUGAUAUUAUCAGACAGAUAGUCAAUGUUGUCUAUAUUUGUCAUUUCAUGGGUGUUAUGCAUAGAGAUCUCAAGCCAGAGAAUUUCUUAUUGACUAGUAAGGAUGAACAUGCAAUGCUCAAGGCUACUGAUUUUGGACUUUCUGUCUUCAUUGAAGAAGGUAAGGUGUACCGCGAUAUAGUUGGUAGUGCUUACUAUGUAGCUCCUGAAGUAUUAAGGCGAAAUUAUGGAAAAGAAGCGGAUGUAUGGAGUGCAGGUGUUAUUUUGUAUAUUAUACUUAGUGGUGUACCUCCAUUUUGGGAUGAAACUGAAAAGGGAAUAUUCCAUGCUAUACUAAAAGGAGAAAUUGACUUUGAAAGUGAUCCAUGGCCAUCCAUAUCAAAUAGUGCCAAGGAUCUUGUUCGAAAAAUGCUAACACAGGAUGCGAAAAAAAGAGUCACAUCAGCAGAAGUUCUUGAACAUCCAUGGCUUCGAAGUGGAGAAGCAUCCGACAAGCCGAUAGACAGUGCAGUGCUCUCCAGAAUGAAGCAGUUCAGGGCAAUGAACAAGCUCAAGAAACUAGCACUGAAGGUCAUUGCAGAAAAUUUAUCUGAAGAAGAAAUUAAGGGUCUGAAAGCUAUGUUUGCAAACAUGGAUACAGACAAUAGUGGGACAAUCACUUAUGAAGAAUUAAAAUCAGGAUUGGCUCGCCUUGGAUCAAAGCUUUCAGAGGCUGAAGUUAAGCAACUUAUGGAAGCUGCUGAUGUGGAUGGAAAUGGAACGAUUGACUACAUUGAGUUUGUUACUGCAACAAUGCAUAGACAUCGACUUGAAAGGGAUGACCAUCUGUUCAAAGCUUUUCAGUAUUUUGACACGGACCAUAGUGGCUUCAUAACAAGAGACGAACUUGAAAGUGCUAUGAAGGAGUAUGGUAUGGGCGAUGAGGCCACCAUCAAGGAAAUUAUAGCAGAGGUGGACACAGACCAUGACGGUAGGAUCAAUUAUGAGGAGUUCUGUGCGAUGAUGAGGAGUGGAACACAACCACAAGAUAAACUCUUUUAGUUCCUUGGAACAGUAACCUUGCAAGCAGAGAUGUUCAGUAGCCAGCAUGAUAUAGAGAGCUGGGCUGCGAGAAGAGAAGAUUCAGAAAAGGCGGAAAAGGUAUUCUUGAUGUACUAGUUAUAUCCGGUACCUCCAAUCUUUUUUUACUUGCUUUGACUACUUUGGAAAGCAGCGGAGUACAGGAAGCAUUUUGGUGUACAUCGAAUUUAAAGCAGAAUAAAAAAUUCAUAUAUUUAUAAUUUAUAUUCAUUCCGCCCCAAAAAGAAUGCAGUAUUACUAUUUGAGAAAUCAAACUGUCUUUCUUUUAUUAUGAUUUUUUCAAAUAAUUUUAAUAUUUUUAACAAUAAGAAAUUUGUGAUUUAUAGUACUUAAGAAAUCAAUGUCUGAAUAUAAAAUGAUAGUUAAAUGUGCUGA